CAGCCAUGUUGAGGAGUCUGUCAAGCAAACUGCAGCCCGCCAUUGUGUAGAAACCAGGCUCUGUAGAGAAAUAGGGGCGCUUGGCUGAAAAUCUUCAAUAGCUAGACAGAUUCUACACCCUGCCGCAUUUAUUUAGGAGUAAAUACAGUUACACAGGCUCCGGGGGGAAAGACAUGUCAGCCAGCAGCCUUCUUGAACAGAGACCGAAAGGCCAAGCAAACAAAGUGCAAAACGGAGCUGUGACCCAAAAGGAUACUUUGAAUGACGAUGAGUUUGAGCCUUACCUGAAUACUCAGGCCAGACAGAGCAAUGCCUAUACGGCCAUGUCGGACUCCUACAUGCCCAGCUACUACAGCCCCUCCAUAGGAUUUUCCUACUCUCUAAAUGAGGCAGCAUGGUCCACAGGCGGGGAUCCUCCUAUGCCUUACCUGGCCUCCUAUGGACAGCUGAGCAAUGGGGAGCCCCACUACCUCCCGGACGCUAUGUUUGGCCAGCCUGGCCCCCUGGGGAGCAACCCCUUCCUCGGCCAGCACGGCUUCAACUUCUUCCCUAGUGGCAUCGACUUCUCAGCAUGGGGCAAUAGCAGCUCUCAGGGACAGUCGGGGACGCCGCAGAGCUCUGGCUACAGCAGCAGCUAUGCUUACGCUCCCAGCUCACUUGGGGGUGCCAUGAUCGAUGGACAGUCCCCGUUUGCGCCUGCAAAUGAGCCCCUUAACAAAGCACCUGGUAUGAACAGCCUUGACCAGGGCAUGGCGGGCCUUAAGAUUGGCAGUGCUGCUCCUGGUGGUAAUGGGGACAUGGCUCCCAAGGUUGUUGGUUCUGGUUUACCUGGAGGGGGUCCCCUCGGCCCUGUAUCAUCUGUAGGACCUCCCAGCAUGCCUCCUGUCUCUAUUGCUCCUGCCAAGCCCGCCUCCUGGGCAGACAUUGCCAGCAAACCAGCCAAGCCUCAACCUAAGCUGAAAACCAAGGGAGGCAUGGCCGGUGCCAAUUUGCCGCCUCCGCCCAUUAAACACAACAUGGACAUCGGCACUUGGGACAACAAGGGUACCAUGCCCAAGGCUGCCACCCCUCAGCAGGUACCCCCUAUUCCCAGUAACGGGCAGCCACCUAACCAGGCGUCCCCACAGCCUGGAGCUACUGCUGCAGGGAACCCCCAACUUCCCCUGAGCAAUGGACAGCUGGUCCCUCCUGUUUCCCAGAUGGGGCAGCAUCAGCUUCCACCUAGCGGACAGCCAGGUAUGGCUCAGAUGCCCCAGCCCCCUCUCUCCCAGGGUCCCCCUCCCCCUAGCCAACAGCAGCAACCUUCUCAGCCGACUCGCUGGAUCCCCCCACGGAACCGGGCCAAUGGAUUUGGGGACACCAGUGGGAGCGGGACAGGCCAGUCUCCUCCCACAUCUUCCGGUGUGGGUGUGGUACCCGGGGUCCCCUCUGAACCUCACCCGGUCUUGGAGAAGUUGCGCAUGGUCAACAAUUAUAACCCCAAGGACUUUGACUGGAACCCCAAACAGGGCAGGGUGUUUAUCAUCAAAAGCUACUCAGAGGAUGACAUCCACCGCUCCAUCAAGUAUAACAUCUGGUGCAGCACGGAGCACGGCAACAAGAGGCUGGACGCUGCGUACCGUUCACUGGGCGGAAAGGGGCCACUUUAUCUUCUUUUCAGUGUCAACGGGAGUGGUCACUUUUGUGGCGUAGCUGAGAUGCGGUCGCCCGUGGACUACAACACGUCUGCUGGCGUGUGGUCGCAGGACAAGUGGAAGGGUCGUUUUGACGUCCGCUGGAUCUUUGUUAAGGACGUUCCCAACAGUCAGCUGAGGCACAUUCGACUGGAGAACAACGAAAACAAGCCAGUGACCAACUCUCGGGACACACAAGAGGUGCCACUGGACAAGGCCAGGCAGGUGCUAAAGAUCAUCGCUGGAUAUAAACACACUACUUCCAUCUUUGAUGACUUUUCUCACUACGAGAAGCGUCAGGAGGAGGAGGAGUGUGUGAAAAAGGUGGAGGUCCAGGGCAGUGAGCCAUAUCCCAGCAACCCAAGCAACAGGAGUCAUUACAGGCUUCAGGAACGCCAAGGACGAGUCAAGUAACAGUUGGUGCUUUGGUCAAAAGACUGCAAUGGCCCCCCUAAAGCCUGUCCACCCCAUGACGUCAUUACAUCCAGAUCUCUAAGAAAUUCUAAGGGGUGACGAAAUAACCAAGGACAAAAAAACUAAAUGAAGACUUUCUUGAUUUCUUUUGACUUUAAAGACUUACUUCGAACUUGUAGUAAAAAGAAAAGGAAACGAUUAUUCAUAGGACUACAACUAAAUGCAUAGCAUCCUUAGGUGAAAUCUUUUUUGCCCCACCCCAUUCCACUACAUAUGCUUUUUUCCCUUGUAUGCUGCUUUUUUCCUUUUUUUAAUUGAAAGGAUCAUCCUCUGUUUUUAUGGUCCAAGAGCAAAGUCUAUAAUUCUCACACACAAAUCCAAUAGAAAUUUGUAGUGUUGGCUUAUAAUAGUGUCCUCAAGUCAAGAAUGGGCAGUUUGUCUCAUUUUUCUUUGUUAAACCCCCCCGCCCCCCCAACCCUGUCUUCUGAGGAUGCUCAUCUUCAACCAAGGACCCAGUGGAGUUUUCCUCCUCGGCGGAUGUUCAUCGGGUAUCAACUACGCUCACUCCAGAAUCUGUUUGGUACAUGCUUGCCAUAUUUUUUUGUUUUGAGAGGACUGCAGAUGUUCAGUAAUGGCCCUCUAUUUGUUUUUUGGCAUGUGUUGAACGGAGUAUUUAGGGGAGGGGAGGAUCUGGAGGUUUGAAAGGGGUGAAGUGUUUGAAAGCAGAAGAAACUGUUAUGUUGAGCUUUGCUCAGUCUAUAAUUUUAUGGUCUAAAAAAGUGGGGUUAACAAUCUUCAUUGGACUUUAUUUACCCUCUUUCCUUUCUCUUGGACAAGUUAAUUCAUCAUUGCUAUGGGCUGCUCUCUUGGUUUUUUGUUUUUCUCCUUCCUCCGUUUUCUAAAGACAGUGAUAUGAGUGGCCUUGCCCCCACUCUUUCUAUUAAUCAGUUCAAAAGUAAUAAAUGUGGUAUAUUCAGCAGAACUGGUGUGCAUUCCCCUUGUUUGACUGUAAAGCAGUUUUUGUCCUGCAGCUUCUCCCGUGCAUCCUUUACGUCUGCUUUUGGUUUCCCAGAUGGGUAUACGAAUGAAUGUCUAACCUUCACAUUCAAACCCGUCCACUUAACAUCCCCACUUCCAGUUUCCACCAGCGGCACCUCUGCAUUUCUUAACCUACUUUCCAAAACCCACUUUACCCUCCACGCUGCCACCUUCCCAUUUUCUGACUGCUCAGCCAACCGUACAUACGAUAAUCUCACAAUCAGCUUCCACCAUUUUCAGAAUGUCAUUGUUGGUGAGUUCAAGAGAAAAAAAAACGCAAGGUCCUCUUUCAUAACUACUGGCUUUUAUUUGUGGCAUAAUAAAGAUGCUCCACAAAGCGA